CAGCUCCGUGGUGUUGAAACAACUCGAUACUCACACAUCAAACAUUGGCAAAGAAGGCAACCCGCAAUGGAGAGAAUAUCAUGGACACUUUUUCUGCUCUCUCUCACAUAUCUGGAGGGAUCUUCGCAAGAUUUCGGACAGACCCAGUUUAUCUGCACGUCUGUGCCCAAGGAUAUUGACCUGUGCACAGCCACUAUGCAGAACAGCGGACCAGCGGAGGAUCUGAAGACCACAGUAAUGCAGUUAAGGGAGACAGUCUUACAGCAGAAGGAAACUAUCAUGAACCAGAAGGAGACGAUCAGGGAACUAACUUCGAAGUUGAGCCGCUGUGAGAGUCAGGGUGUCAGGGUGGUGCCCGUGGCUGGAGGUCGGAGAAAAGAACCGGGCAAAAACACAAUGGGAGACGUGUCCCGCGGCCCGACAGAUACUCUAGCCCAACUCGGGCAAACUUUAGCCACGCUUAAACAGAGAUUGGAAAACCUGGAGCAGUACAGCAGGAACAACGGCUCUGUCCAGGCAAGCAGCCUUAAAGAUCUGCUUCAACAUAAGAUCGAUGAUAUGGAGAAGCAGUUGCUGUCCCGGGUCAAUACUCUGGAGGAGAGCAAACCCGGGCAGAAGAAUGACACGGAUCAGCGCAAUCGAGUGGAGUCAACCCUCACCUCCUUACAUCAAAGAAUUAACGACCUAGAGAAAGGUUCAAAAGGUAGCAGGCCACUGGACAAGUUUCAGAUAACAUUCCCCUUAAGAACAAAUUACAUGUAUGCCAAAGUGAAGAAAAGUCUACCAGAAAUGUAUGCCUUCUCUUUCUGCUUGUGGAUAAAGUCCAAUGCAUCACCCGGGGUGGGAACCCCCUUCUCCUAUGCUGUUCCUGGACAAGCUAAUGAGCUUGUUCUCAUAGAAUGGGGGAACAAUCCAAUGGAGAUUCUCAUAAAUGACAAGGUUGCAAAAUUACCUUUCGUCAUCAACGAUGGUAAAUGGCAUCACGUCUGCAUCACAUGGACGACUCGUGAUGGAGUAUGGGAGGCAUUUCAGGAUGGUGUUCUGCGUGGAACUGGAGAGAAUCUGGCACCCUACCAUCCAAUAAAACCCAGUGGUGUACUGGUUUUAGGUCAGGAGCAGGACACACUUGGUGGAGGUUUUGAUGCAACCCAAGCCUUUGUUGGUGAACUGGCAAAUUUUAACAUAUGGGAUAGAAAAUUAACAGCUGGAGAAAUCUACAACCUGGCAACCUGCAACAACAGAGCACAAGCUGGAAAUGUGUUGUCAUGGUCGGAAAGUAAUAUCGAUGUGUUCGGUGGAGCCACUAAAUGGACUUUUGAGCCCUGCCGUCAGCUCAACUGAACUGCAAAGUGGGGGCCAUAGCCAAUCCCAGAUCCAUGUUUCUAGUUUUUGUCUUUCUUUUCCUCAGUUUGAUAUUCCUGAAAAAGAAGAAAUCUUGAUAAAACAAUUUAAAGGUUCUGUAAGAGUAAACCUGGGGUUUCUAUGAAUACCUGAAAAUUUCUGUGCAAAGCUAAGAAUUUUUUUUUUUGUCUUGAUAAAAUAGUUUCAUGUUGGUUGUUUUGCAAACCUCAAAGCGACAGUUUUAAGCCAGGUUACUUUUAGUAUUAGAUCAUUUUUUUGCUGCUUCAUUUAUUUAUUUAUUGGACACAGUUCUUUGCUUAUUUUGUCGUUCAUAUAUUUUUUUGAGGGGCCAGCAGCUGAAGAACUCAGCUCUCUUUGCAGACUCUUUGCAGCUUUUGGGCAGUAAAGCAACAGUGCAUCAGAACAUCACUCGUGUUUUCCGAACAAGACUUCACAAAGCCAAUCACAAAUUGUAAAAUGAUGGUUUAGUUGUAAUCUACACUUAACCGUA